AUGAAGCAUGUCCAUGCCCUGGACGAGACCUCCACAGACCUACUCAGCCACCUGGAUGACUGCAUCCUCUUCAUAUGUGAUGCUUGCAAGUUUUUUUGUUAUAGCCAUGUAGGGCAAAGUCAGAGUGUGGCGGUGGUGACUGCUUACUUGAUGAAAUGUCACAAAAUGAACUUUGGGGAUGCAUACGCCAAACUCCAGCAACUUAAACCUGAUGUAAAUUUAAAACCACUAACUCAGCGUUUACUUGUUAUACGAAGUAUCUUCAAAGUCUCACUUGUUUGCUUUCAGAUCUUGUGCCCAAAGUGUACCUCAAAGUUUGGCUCAUUGUACUGGUGUGGGGAGCAGUGUUCCUGUGAUCGAUGGGUGACUCCUGCCUUCCUGAUGCAUAAAAACAGAGUGGAUGAAAUUAAACACAUUAGUAUAGCCACCAGAUCCGGCGCCAGGAUAAAGUGACUAAGGGGCAAAUUUAAAUCAGUGACGGGGCACAAUUUUAUGGGGUAAUAGCAUUGGAAUCAUAUUAAAUGUAGCUUAUAUCAAGCUUUACCACAAUAAACAUGAAGUUCAAAUGA